UAUUAAUGGCUAAGAUAUAUCCCCAUAUUAUAUACCCUCGCGCGGCUUCUUCCUACAUGACUUCAAAAGGAGAAACAUUCACUGUAUGGAUGAAAUCCCUUCUCUUUCAUUCAUAUGGUUGCACUGUCUUCAAUUCCAAGGGUGAGAUUGUUUAUCGCGUUGAUAACUACGGCAAGAAAUGCAGCAAUGAAGUUCAUCUCAUGGAUCUGCGAGGAAAAGUUCUCUUCACCAUUCGUCGGAAGAAAUUACAAGCUUUUGGAUGUUGGGAUGGUUAUAGAUGGAGCAGUUGUAGCAUAAAGAAGGAAAAGCCGUGGUUUCAAGUCAAAAAGUAUUGCAGAAUGCUUAGGGGAGAUGUAGCUUGUGGAAUUACAGUAGGGUAUGACAAGUAUUGGAUGGUUAGAUUGGCUGCCAAAGCAGCAUUCAGGAUAGUAGACGUCGAUGGGGAUGUUGUUGCUGAGGCAAAGCGAAAGCAAUCAUCUUCUGGAGUACUGCUCGGAGACGACGUAGUGGCUUUGGAGGUUGUUCCUCAUAUUGAUCAUUCCCUUAUCAUCGCUCUUGUGAUAGUGUAUGGAUUAAUUCAACGUAGAAUGUAAAAAUAAUCUUUAUCAGACACUUGCAAAUUAAAGGCUGUCUCCAGCAGGCUAUAAUUUAGCUAACUAGCGAUUCUUUUGACUUGGCAUUCAUUUUCCUCUUUCUUCGUAUAUUGUAGUACUUAAUUGUAAUGGAAUUUUUUGAACGAAUUUUGGUUGAGAAAU